AUGGAUGAUAUACAAGAUGAAGUUGAUUUUUGGAAGUCUUCUAUUGUGUGCUAUGCAUUGGGGGAAAAUCCUCCUCUUUCAAUACUGGAUGGAUUUGCACGAAGAAUGUGGAAAGAAAAGAUUGACAGAGUAGGGAUGCUGUCUUAUGGUGUUUUCUUGAUCCGAUUUGUCUCCAUUGAAGAUCGAGAUGAGGUGCUUAAAGGUGGAUAUAUUUUCUUUAACAAAAGACCGGUUGUUAUGAAAGCUUGGGACCCUGCGAUCAAUUUUAAAAAGGAGGAUAUCAGGGUGGUUCCAAUUUGGGUUCAUUUAGAUGAUCUCGACCUGAAAUAUUGGGGAGAGAAAUCCUUGUUCAAGAUCAUUGGACAGGUAGGGAAUCCUAUAAUGGUUGAUGAUGUGACUAAGCUUAGGGAUAAACUCAGUUUUCCUAGAGUUUUAAUUGAGGUAUCGUUGAAACAAGAAUUCCCGGACCUAAUAUACUUUGAAGAAGAGUAUGGCUUUAACACCUCUAUUUCGAUCACAUACGAAUGGAAGCCCAUUGUGUGUGAUCAUUGCUUUGGAAUGGGCCAUUCUACGGCUGAUUGCAGGAAAAAGGGUGGAAGGAAACAAGAAUGGGUAAUUAAGGAUGAUGGGAAGAAGAAGGAUGUAGCUGUGUCUAACAAAGAAACUAAGGUUGAUUCUGAUGGCUUUCAACCAUUGAUUCAACUCUUUGUUGAAACUGUGGAUAACAAGGAAAGUUUCUAUGUUACAUUUAUCUAUGGUUUCAAUGAUGAGGACGGUAGGAGAGGCCUUUGGAGAGAUCUUCGGGAGCUUUCUGUUAUGGAUUCUUGGAUUGUCCUGGGCGAUUUCAACGACAUUCUCAGUAAAGAAGAGAGAAUUGGCAAUCGGGUAAGAUUCAAAUCUUCUUUGGAUUUUAUCAAUUGUGUUGGAACUUGUCAACUUGAAGAUGUUAAGUAUAGUGGAAACUUCUUCACUUGGAGGAAUAAGCAGCAAGGAGAAGAGAGGAUAUACUCAAAGAUAGAUAGAGUAUUGGAAAAUCAGAAAUGGUUGGAUUCGUUUCCUAAUGCUGAAGUAUUUUUUCAGAAUGAGGGACUUUUCGAUCACACGCCUGCCAUUCUUAUUGUGUAUGAUGUGGUUUUGAGUGGGAAGAAACCUUUUAGAUAUUUUAGGAUGUGGUCUUCUCAUCCUAAAAGUUCUGAAAUGGUUACCAAAACAUGGCAGCAGCAGGUUAAAGGGACUAAAAUGUAUCAGGUUGUGACUAAGCUUAAGAGCCUCAAACCGAUUUUUAAAGAAAUUAAUCAGCAGGGUUUUUCAGACUUGCAUUCUGCUGUAAUUAAAGCUAGAGAACACCUGAAUAUUUGUCAAGAUGCAAUGCAUCGUGAUCCUAUGAACCAGGAAAUGCAGCAACAGGAGCUGGAAGCAAGGAAUUCCUAUGCUAAAGUUCAUAAUGCAUACCAUUCUUUCCUCCAACAAAAGGCUAAAUUGACUUGGGUUAAAGAUGGUGAUGAUAAUUCAGCAUUAUUCCAUAGAAGCAUUCGUGAAAGAAGGGCCCAAAACAGAGUGUUGUCUAUCACUAAUGAAAAUGGAACUCGGGUAGAUGAUCCACAACAGAUUACUGAUGCUUUCUUGGAGUUUUACAAGAAUUUACUGGGCUGUAAAUUAGAAAGAAGGAAGUCUGUUCUGGCUGCUGUUAUUAAUCAAGGGCCAGUGGUUUCGAGUUAUCAAGCAGAUAUGCUUUUAGCUGAUUUUUCAUUUGAAGAAUUUAAGAAAGCCAUCUUUGACAUUCCUGGCCUCAAAGCCCCUGGUCUGGAUGGCUAUAGCAGCUAUUUCUUCCAGGAAUAUUGGGAUCUUGUAGGUAAUGAUGUUUUUGAAGCUCUUACUUCUUUCCUUCAUACAGGACAACUUUUAAAGGAAAUCAACUCAACUAUUUUGACACUUAUUCCUAAAAGUAAGUGCCCAAAUACAGUUAGUGACUAUCGCCCUAUAGCAUGUUGCAAUGUCCUUUAUAAAGCUGCUACAAAACUAAUCUGUUCGAGACUCAAAGUUAUUCUUCCAAGCUUGGUUGCUCAAAACCAAGGGGGGUUUGUUAAAGGGAGAUUCAUUGGGCAUAACAUCAUGAUAUGUCAGGAUCUUAUUCGACAUUAUGGGAGGAAGUCAGUCAAGGCUAAUUGUAUGAUCAAGCUUGAUCUACAAAAAGCAUAUGACACUGUCGAGUGGGACUUCAUUGAAGAAAUGCUUUAUGCAUUCUAG